GCGCUUUCAGAUCAAGAGUCGGGGAGUAGAGUACGGCUCGCUAAAGAUUGCAGCCCGGAAGCGCAGUCCUAUGAAGACCACGAUCUUACGGUCGUAAUCGAUGAAGCGGCACAAGCCACUGAGGCGGAUACAAUGCUUGCUCUCGCUUUGAAUCCAUCCCGCCUCGUCCUGGUGGGCGAUCCGAAGCAGCUUGCGGCGACCGUGAUUCGUAGCAAGGGACUGCGGGAGGCAGGCUAUUCGCGGAGCUUGCAGAGCAGGCUGCAACCUCUUCAAAAGGUAUUCUAGUACCUAAUCAUCAUCGUGAUUACCAGUCAAUUGGGAGAGUGUGCCAUUGUUCUAGCGGUUUAUUUAUGUUGAUCUCCGCGAUGAGGAUGACGAUGUACUAGAUUGAUCUCUUACAUGAAGUCCGUAGUUACCAAUAUCUAUACGUGCCCCUUACCCUUACGCGGGUCCGACAGGGGCCAGCCAGUGCCCGAGGCUGAAAAGUAGGCAGAUAUAAAAACCAAGGAAACGCGCUAGCUUGUUACGGGCAGGUAGCUCAGAAGCCUUGGGCAGCUUGCUAGCUUACUUAGAAGCCAUGGGAUGCCGUGGCCUGCUAGCUUAGAAGCCAGGGCCAGCCAGCUUAGAAGCCCUGGCUAGCUAGCUCAGAAGCAUUAGCCAGCUAGCUCAGAAGCGUUAGCCAGCUAGCUCAGAAGCCUGGGCCAGCUAGCUCACCCCGAAGCCUGGGGUAGCUUGCUAGCUUACUUAGAACGAAGCCAAUCGAUUCCAUGGCCGGCGAGCUUGGGAAGAAGCCAUGGCCAGCUUGCGUGGAAGCCGUGGCCAGCUAGCUUAGAAGCCAUGGCCAGCUAGCUCAGAAGCCUUCGGCAGCUCACUAAGCCUCGGGCAGCUUCCUAGCCUAGAAGCCACGGGCUCGCAAGCGCGGAGGGUCUACCUAAGAAGCGACAGCGCUGCAACUUCACCCCUCCAAUUUAAAGUAAUAGUGUAGCAGCUUUUUUCCUUAAGGACAAGGAGCUGGUCUUAUGGAGAAGGACAUCAAGAAAAGUGCUUAAUUCUUGUAUAAGUAUCUAUGAAUAUCACUGAUUUCCACUCGCACAGGAAAAUCGCCGCGGUUUUCUCGACACCCAGUACCGGAUGCAUCCGGAGAUCAGCCUUUUUCCAAGAAACGCUUACUAUGGUGGGAAGCUCCGGGACGGAAAGCCUGGGAAUGUUGCCGCAGACGGCCCUCUAAAGAGUUUUGCGCUUCUGAUGGAGAAGGAUGCUGCCAGAAAUCUGGGCAGCACGGCAGCAGAAGCACUGCGCGACGACGUAUUGGUGGCGGCCGCCGCAGCACUCUUGCGGCGCUUGCUCCGUGCCCAGGAUAGUGCUCGCUACUUGGUUGUAAACCACAAGUACCAGGAGGAGCGCGAACCCGGAGCCUGCUCGGUGAAGAACAGUGGCGAGGCGUGGCUCGUAAACGC